AUGAGUACGGUGGGAUCAUUACCACAGACGUCUACAACACAGUCGCUGUCACCGGUGCCCGAGACGUCACAGGCAGGGUCAACGGCAAGUCUGACAAGGUCGGUAAGGGAUCUUGGAUCUGACUACACCCGAUACUACAACCCAUUUGCUCGGUGCAAUAACUCGCAGCAAGAGCUAUCGUCACCUUUACUGCAAUACAACUCAUCCUGGCUGCUGCAUCCUAACGAUGUCAUCGGAUCCAAAGACCUGGCGAAGCGUUUCUCAAAUCCGUUCAUGGACUCCAAGAGGAUUUCGAAUCCCUUCGACUCCGCCGCUAAUACCGCGCCGGGUACGCCAGGACCAGAACGGACAGAGCUGAUUCAACCAGGGCCUACAGUCGCUACAGCUGCCGUGACUCCGAGAGGUGGAACGCCGAGCUUCAUCAAUAACGCUGACCCAGAAAAGGUUCACUUCUAUGCAGAUGAUCGGUUUGGCGCGCCUUGGACAUUUCUGCUCUACAGCGAUGAAAAGGAAGACGAUGACGAUAUGCACAUGCCGCGUUGGGAUGAUGACCGGAGAUUCAAGCCGAGGCUGGUAGAGAGAUUUUCAAGAGAAAACAUUGUCAACACGAUUGGUAUGAUCUUUCUGUUGACAGGGUUGCUCUGUAUUUUUGUCGUCCUACCUGUGGUGUCAUACACCACCAACGGCAUCCUCUUUUACAGUUACGAGACUCCCCUGGAUCAGAUGCCGGGCUACGAAAAAGGCGAGCCGUGGGCGCAUGUCAACGAUCGAUCGUACCCUCUCCUCAAGAACAUCCGAACAGGACUCAUCGACCCAGACACUCCGGCAUCUGCGCAAACGCGGCAAGGCGUCAAUGGCGACGAUUAUGUUCUGGUAUUCAGUGACGAGUUCAAUGAGAAGAAUCGGACAUUCUAUCCUGGUGACGAUCCGUACUGGUUCGCGCCGGACUUCUGGUACGGUGCGACCCAAGACUUGGAGUGGUAUGAUCCUGACGCUGUGAAUACUGGUGUGUACUGUACGACCCAAUUGACCCCACUGGUUGCGCUAAUAACAUCACAGGCGAUGGCACUCUCCAGCUUCAGCUCGACGCUUUCGCUAAUCACGGUCUCGCGUUCCGAUCCGGCAUGCUGAACUCAUGGAACCAGCUCUGCUUUAAGGGCGGCAUUUUUGAAGUAUCUGUCAGCCUGCCUGGGCCUGCAGGUAUCCACGGCCUCUGGCCAGGAGUCUGGACAAUGGGAAAUCUUGGUCGACCUGGCUAUCUGGCCACCACAGAUGGCCUCUGGCCGUACACUUACGAUGACUGCGAUGCUGGCAUCACCCCUAACCAAUCCAUGACCGACGGCACGAGCUGGCUCCCCGGACAACGCCUGCCGAAUUGCGUGUGUCGUGGCGAGGACCAUCCAACCCCUGGCACAGGCCGCGGCGCACCGGAAAUCGAUAUCAUCGAAGUCAGUGCAGACUGGGGCGGUAAGGGCUAUAGUGUGGCCACGCAGUCUUUCCAGGUCGCGCCCUUCGACGUCUGGUAUUAUCCCAACUACGACUUCAUGGAGAACCCCAACUACAACUUCAGCCUCGUGAACAGCUGGACUGGCGGUCCUUAUCAACAAGCUGUUUCUACGACCACAAUGUUGAACAAUGAGUGGUACGACGGCAAGCAAUACCAGAAAUACGCCUUUGAGUAUGUCCCUGGAGGCGAUAAGAACGCCUUCGUUGCUUGGAUCGUCGGCGAAGACGAGAUGAUGAAGUUCGAUGGCCGCGCUUUGGGACCGAAUGGCAAUGUGAAGCAGCGACAAGUGUCGGAAGAGCCCAUGUCAUUGAUUCUCAACCUCGGUUUCUCGCAUUCCUGGGUCAACAUCGACAUGGCGAAUCUGAGGUUCCCGACUGUCAUGCGGGUGGACUACGUGCGGUGGUACCAAAAGCCUGGCGAAGAGAUGGUCACCUGCGAUCCACCGGGAUACGAGACAACAGAAUACAUCGCCAAGCAUCCCGAGCCAUACAACAACAACAACCUGACGCAUUGGGCGGAUGCAGGCUACACGUUCCCAAGGAACACAUUCAUGCAUGGAUGCUCGGGGGAAGAGGCCUCAUGA